GCAGAGGUGAAAGUUCGUGGUCGGUACCCGUGCUGAGAAGUAACGACUUGAGAAGGAAAUAUGGGUGAAAAUCAGGAUUUUACCAGCUCUUUACAAGAGAAUAUGGCUGCGGAGGUACUUAGCAAUGUUGCAGAAGUGGUGGAGAAAAUUCUAACGUUCGUACCGACCAAGUCCCUUCUCCGUAUCGCGAGUGUGUGCAGACUGUGGAGGAACUGCGCCCGCCGGGUGUUGAGGACCCAGCAGCAGCUCACCUGGGUGUCAGCCUGUGGACCCUCCAAUACAGAGGUCCAUGCUUUGUGUAGCAUCCUGGCAGAGGAGGUGGAGAAAGUGUUCUUGCUGCCUAAAACCGUUCUGGCCAUGGUAGAUUGUGAAGCUUUCGGACAAGGAUACUGCUAUGGACAUAAUAAAGCAAAAAAGAGCCGCCACAGUCUAGACACAGUUGAUGAACUGAACCUACUCUUCCCCAAAGGCUGUGAUAUCAUGGGAAUUGCCACUCCAGGCAUAGUUUUAACUCCCAGCGGCUCCAGUUCCAGUCCUCCCGUGGAGUACCAGGAGGGGGAGGCUGGCUUUGCAGUCAUGUUCCCCAGCAUGGAAGGUGUUCAGAUUAAACCCUUUCAUUUCUGCAAGAAGACCAUCUCACCAACAGCUCUGAAAGAAGCUGGACUUGUUGACAACCCGGAGUUGCGUGUGGUACUCAUGUUCGUCUACGAGGCAUAUAAAUCUGGAGGAGCACGGUUCCUCGACCAGAUACUGGAACCGCUGGCCAAGAGCAAAGCUGUCAUCGCUGGAGGGAUCGUAGAGAGUGUCUUCUCUCCUCCCAGACACUGCUGCAACCAGGGUGCAUUCGGUGUGAUGGGCUUUACUCUGAGCGGAUCUAAGGUACAGGCGGCAUCUGUGCUCUUGGAGCAAGAUGUCAGCACCCCACAGAUGGCGGAAAACACAGUCCGGCGGUUGAAGGCAGCCAAAAUUCCAGAACGAAACAGCAUCGGUUUUAUGUUUGCCUGUGUGGGGAGAGGCCAGAAUUACUACAACAACCAGUCGAAUGUGGAGGCCGACGCCUUCCACAAAGUGUUCCCUAACACCCCACUCUUUGGUCUGUUUGGCAACGGGGAAAUUGGUUGUGACCGGAUUGUUAAGGACGGCUACACGCUGUCCGACACAGAUAGACUGCAGCAUGAAUACACUACAGUCAUGACCCUGGUUCAUCUAGGUUAACUGACUGACCUACGGUGAAGUUGGAUAGACAAGCAAAAACAAAACAGACCUAUCAGGCUCCUGCUUGGGACAGCAGAAACUGAAUACAGCCGUCAACAUGUCCUCAUUAAACAGGAGAUUUGGCCGUCUGAAACGGCAGCAUUUUGGAAAAUGUGACCGUUAGGGACCGUAAACAGAGGAAGAUGUUAAAACUAGUGAGUCUGACAGCGUUCAGGUAGGGUUCUAAACAGACAAACCAAACAGCCCCUUUCAUAGGUAAAUGUAAUAUAGUAUUCUUGUUUAAUAUGUGUAUAUAGGUUUUUUCUCACACAUUAAAUGCAUAUCAUACCCUCUAAUAUCAACCUCAUGGUCUGCUUGCUUUGCAGGCGAGACAAUAAAACACACUUAUUUCCCAGAUUAUUGUAUUGAUUAAGCAACAGCACUUUGAAUAAUUGUAAUAGGAGUAUGGUUCUUCAGCCACAAAAUCAGGGCCAUCUUGACUCGAAUGCUCUUCUUAUAACAAACUUUGUUUUAUGCUUUUAUCCAGAAGAAAAAAAGUAGCUUGUUAGCCGACAAACCAUUGACCGUGGUUCAAACAGUCAGUGUGUACUCAGUCAGAAUCAUAUGGUGGCUGUAUACUUUGUCCAAAUGUCAGGUCAUAUUUUCUGCCUAUGUCCAACUGUUAAUUGUUGGACUUCAGUCUCCUAAGUCCUACAGUUUAGUAGAUUCGUGGAUUCUUCUACAGAUUUCUGACCUGAGGAUCUAUGUUGAUGGUGUAAUAUUGAGUGUGACAUUGUUCAAGGACAGGAAAAAAAAUGUGAAUUUCUCUUCUAGUGGUGUUAAGGUGUUAAGGAAUGUGUACUCUGUAUUUGUUACUGUUGUCAUAAAUGGCAAUGGGUCUUUGACAUCUUGAUAGUAGAUGUACAAGCCUUAACUACCCAAUUGCACAUUUUUACAAACUUGUUAAAUUGAAUGGAUGCCUUUGUAUAAUAAUAACUGGUCAGUCAGGCUCCACAUUGCUCAAUUCUCACUUCAUUGUCUGUUUUUUUUUUUUUUUUUUUUUUUUACAUAAAAGGAACAGGCUGAUUUGAAACAGGUGCAAUUUACAAUACGUUCAGUAUAUUUGUUAAUAAACUUGAAACGUAGUUACCAUAUUAUGAUGCGACAACAGUUUCCAAUCUACUUCUUCCUCUAAAGUUGUCUAAAUUGGGGAAAAAAAGUAAAACAUGUAUAUGUCUUAAUAUAGACAUCUACCCUUAUAGUUACUGAAGAGGCAAUUUCUUUGUAUCUUAUGUUGAUUUCUUCAUUGUAUCUUAUUGGACAAAGAUGUUUUGGUGUUGAUGCACUUUUCAAAGGAUGUGCCAAAUCAUGUAUAUUCUGAAUUGCUCAUCUUCUCAUUUCUCAAUAAAUUCCAAACAUUGAAAGUUGAAA